AUUAUUACGCGGGCUAUGACAGUGAUCAACUUUCCUGGAAAAGGAGGGUCUUGCGAUCCCCACUCUUAUUUACUGCGUAGUUUGAACGGUAAGAAGCUCACUCCAUACAUUUCUGGGCUCGCUUUAACGAAACACACAGUGUGUGUGGGAACAGAGAUAAGGGGAGGAAGUGGCUGUCCGCUGCCACUUAAAUAUGUGGAAGUAGUCUCCUGGACCAAUCAGCAGCCAGCAGUCUUUUCAGACACCCCUGCUUGUAAUAUGGCCAGCUCAUCAAACAGUGGGUUUGUGGUGCUCACCCAUGUGUACCCUCAGCAAAGUGGAGCUGCUGCUCCAGCUGUCUGCACUACCCAACAUGUUACUUCUGUGAUGGGAAAGUUUCUGAAAGGAGAUCCUAAGGCACUGGGGACAGUGCAGAUAAUGAUCGGAGUAAUGGAGGUAUUAUUUGGCAUCGUACUGGCCAUCAAUGCUGAGAGCCUUGCUGUUUACUCCGGGAUUGUUUUCUGGGGAGCACUUAUGUUCAUUUCCUCAGGAGCUCUGAGUGUUGCAGCUAGCAACAAACCCAACAAUUGCCUGGUGAGAGCAGCACUUGUAAUGAACAUCCUCUGCACCAUCGCUGCCGCCAUUGCUAUAAUCCUUCUCUCUCUGGACUAUGUUUUUGAUAUGGGAUACUAUGGCUGCUAUGAUUCUGAAAACACAUACGGCUCUUGUGAAGAGUAUCGAAGAUGGUUUAAGAACAUGUCAAAUGGGACUCGUGGAGUGCUGAUGGUGUUCUCGGUCCUGGAGUUCAUCAUCUCCAUCUGUGUGUCAGCAUUUGCCUGCAGAGCAGUGUGCCACAGCUCCUCACCGCAAGUGAUAUAUAUGGCACCCGCAAGCGGUCAAGUCACAUCAGAAAAUCCUCUCAUGUCAACACCAUGUGCCUAUGAGACGGCAGUUUUGGGCCAAGGUGUGAUGGACAGCGUGAAAACUGAGCAGCCUCCUAAAUAUGAAGAAGUUCAACCUUGAAUGAGAUCAGUGUUCAUAUUGUUCAUAUAUAUUUCUCUUUUAAUCCGACACAAUUUAAUACAAAUGAUUCAAUACAAAUCUUCAGAUUUUCCAUAUAAAUGACAGAAAUCAAUGAUUUACUUUGUAUUUAGCAGCUUUCAUAAAAUUAUACAUUUUUUAUCAGCAACAUAUAUUUUACAAAAUAUCUUGUUAUUCAUAUAAUUAUAUAAAGUAGGGCCUCCUGCUAAAUGUUUUUUGGAUUCCUUUGGUCUGUAGCCAUUGGAUAAAAAUCACACAAUGUGUACCGAAGUUUAAAUUACAUGCUGUAACUUGGAAUUAAAUGUUUCAUAUAAUGAAUUUUCAAAA